AUGGGAGAGAGUGCAUCGGUAGCUGGACUGAACGAUGCCGAGGAGGCAGCGGAAAGAGAGCGGCUGUGCGGGAACGAUCAGUUUAAGUGGGGGAACUACUGCGCAGCCAUCAAGUAUUACAACAAGAGCCUCAGCCUUGAUCCCGACGUGGCUGCAACGUAUGCUAACAGGGCGCUGUGUCAUCUUAAGAUGAGGGAUUGGAAUGCUGCCAAGUCCGACUGCACCGAAGCAAUCAAAGUGGACUGUGGCUAUGCAAAGGCGUUCUAUCGGCGAGCACUGGCAUUUGAGGGCCUGGGCGAUCUCCGAGGAGCGCUGAAAGAUCUGCAGGUGGCGAUCAAGAUGCUACCUGACGACGCCGAGCUCUUGGAGAAGCUCAAGGUGAUAAAACGUAAGCUCCGGGUUGCGUUCGUCAAGGAGGUGUUGAAGGAGGAGGCGGAGAACCAGAAGAAGCUGAAGAAGCUGGAGGAGGCGUCCAAGAGCCCACAGGUGCUCCACCUCCUCCAUCAUCAGCAGCGGCAGGGGUCGAGGCUCGAGUUUAAAAAGGGGCAUCCCUUCGAGCAAAGUGGCGAGGAUCACAGUGCGGUGCCACAGCGCGUGAAGAACUUUAGAUUCUCCAAAGCCGCCAGCGUGUCAAAGGCAACGAUGCUGGAAUCGCCACGCCCCUUGGUGGCGAUCAAGGUGCUACCUGACGACGCCAAGCUCUUGGAGAAGCUCAAGGUGAUAAAACGUAAGCUCCGGGUUGCGUUUGUCAAGGAGGUGUCAAAAGAGGAGGCGGAGAACCAGAAGAAGCUGAAGAAGCUGGAGGAGGCGUCCAAGAGUCCACAGCAGCUCCACCUCCUCCAUCGGUCGAGGCUCGAGUUUAAAAAGGGACAUCCCUUCGAGCCAAGUGGCGAGGAUCAUAACAAAGGCUGCCACAGCGCGUGA